CUCAGCUACAAUCAACACAACCCCCUCCAGAAGAAAUGGGAGGGGCCCACGAGGCUGCAGGCAGCUAACACACACACUCACACAAACACACAGCACAGAUAUCUAGCUGGAAGGUCCACUGAGAGAUAACGCAUUUAACGUUCUUCUCAGGAUGUCUGAAUCUUCAGCAGCAAGUCUCCCUCUGUGAGGUUAUUAGUCUCCAUCAUUACUAUCAUAUAACCCACUGCAUUUACCCAUAAGCCCAAGCAGUGGCUGAGUCGCCGCUAACUGUCAUCGGUGCUGUCACACCAGGCGGCCACCAAUCGUCACCGGUCUAUCUGCGGCGAUUUGAGCAGCUUGCCGGCUGCAGCUAUGGUGCACAUGUCCCCUGCCCUGAUCACACUGACGGUGCUCUGGGCCGGCACACUAAGCCUGGCCUGCUUCUGUGACCAUUACCCAUGGACUGUGUGGACCGCCUGCUCCAGAACCUGUAACUACGGGACCCAGGAACGGCACAGGGCAGUUCGCUAUGAUGAUUAUUACUGGAAGAAUAAGUGUGAUGAGCUGUGUGUGAAGCAGGAAAGCCGAUCCUGUAACAUAGAGGCCUGUGCGGUCCACUGCCAGCUGGGUCAGUACGGGCCCUGGUCCGUGUGUUCACCCUGUGUCAGGAAACAGUUCAGGACACGUGAGCUGGUGCAGCCAGCGCAGUUUGGCGGAGUGGCCUGCAGUGACCCCAUGGUGGAAGAGAGGGUGUGUCACCCCAGCACAGAGUGUCUGAUAGAGCAAGUCGACUGCGGGGAGAAGCUCACCUGUGACAACGGGCGCUGUAUUGACCCUAAGCUCAGGUGUAACUCUCAGAAUGACUGCGGAGAUAACUCUGACGAGAGGCACUGUGUCAGAACCGUGAAGGUGUGCAACCGCGUUUACGAGAACCUCCCAGGUGCUGAGCUUAUGGCGAGUGGGUAUGAUGCCAUGGCAGAUGAAAUGAGGGCAGCUGUUCUAGACAACUCAUUCUUUGGGGACAAGUGUGUCACCAACAGGAGCAAGGAAGACAGGAAGAGGUACCGCAUGCCUGCAAACAUCGAGAGUGUGCAGCUGAAGGUGGAGCAUGUGGAAGACUUCAAAACUGACAUGGAGCCAGCCCAGAGCGAGCCUGUGGAGCUAUCGUCACAGGAGUCGUCGCUCAGCCAGGAUGCUCCACAACACUGGGGCAGCUCCAUCUAUAUUCCUCUGCUGUUCUCCAGCCGCCACAGCUGGAGCUCACAAGGGUCGUCCUCCUUCAGGAAAGCUGUGAAGGCCUCACAGCAAAAGGACUCCAAAUUCAUCAGAAUUCAUCAGGUAGUACGUGUCUCCACCUUCAGGACUAAACCAUCAGAUCUUUACCUGUCUGAGCCCUUCCUGAGGGUCCUCAACAGCCUGCCACUGGACUACAACUACGCCCUCUACAGGCAGGUUUUCCAGCUUUUUGGUACUCACUACUUCAGCUCUGGAUCACUGGGAGGCCAGUAUGACUUGCUGUACCAGUACGACCGGGAGGAGUUGAAAAAUUCUGGCCUCACAGAAACUGAAUCCAGUGGCUGUGUCCAGUCUGAAUCUGCAAGGCACUUUUUCAUUUUCUUCUCCGUCUCAAGUUCCAACAACAAAUGCUACACGAACAAGAUGUCUGAGAAAUAUGAAGGUUCAUUCCUGAAGGCAUCAGAGAAGUCAAUCUCCAAGGUACGAGGGGGCAGGGCUGAAUAUGCUGCUUCUCUGGCCAUGGAGAGGAAGGGUGUCCUUCCAGACAGCAAUACGUACAGGAACUGGGUAAACUCCACCAUAGACAACCCGAGCGUGGUGGAGUAUGAGCUCCUGCCUGUUCUGGAUCUGGUGCGUGGGCUCCCAUGUGCCGUGACGAAGCGCAGGCACCUGCGGAGGGCGCUGCAGGAGUACCUGGAAGAGUUCGACUCCUGCAAGUGUGCCCCCUGCCCCAACAAUGCCCGAUCUGUGCUGUCAGGCACAGAGUGUCUGUGUGUUUGCCAGAGCGGCACCUAUGGACCCAACUGUGAACAACGGGCACGAGACUACACCUCCGAGGUGCUGGAUGGCCGCUGGAGUUGCUGGGGGCCGUGGAGUCCCUGUGACUCGUCCAUGAAGAGGCGUCGAGUCCGACAGUGUGACAACCCUGCGCCGAUGAGGGGGGGGCUCAUGUGUACAGGGGGGAGCCAGCAGGAAGAAGGCUGCUUCAUCUCCAUUUUCCAGCAGCAAGACGUCUGUGUCAGUGAUGAUGAAACAGUGAAAGAAGACCCGGACGCUGAGAUCUCUGUGGGUUCACCUGGGUGUUCCAGACCUAAGGCACCUCCAAACAGCUACCUGAGGAUAAAUAAGAAGCAUUUCAACUUUGGGGAAAUGGAGGAGAUCCUUUGCUUCACUGGCUUUGAGAUGACGGGUUACCAGUAUGUUCGAUGCUUGCCUGAUGGGACGUGGACCAGGCCUGACGGACAAUGCAUAAAGAAGGUGUGUUUAGCUCCAGUGCUGCCAGAGGACAUGACCUUGCACCCAGAGAGAGUGGAGUACCGUGUUGGGGACAUUGUGACGUUGCGCUGCACAGGGUCUGGCAUGAUCACCUCCGCCCAGCGUUACUACACCUGUGGGAAUGACCUGUCCUGGGACCCCCCCUUCCCUAUUGAUCUACACUGUAAAAGCGAGAAGCCUUUUGUGCCUGACAGCAGAUGUGGGAGGGGGGAGAAGCAUGACGGCGUGCAGUGCAUCUGUAUACCCAGGGAGGAGUGCCGACAGUACAUCGAGGAUGUGUGUGUCUUGGAUGCUGAGACGGAUCGUUUUACAAUGAUGUCCAUCUGUGGUUUCUAUGCUGGCCGCUGCCAUGGCGAUCACCUGUUCUUCAUUAAGCUUGGAACAUGUGCGAGUGAUGAGACCCACAGGGAUUGGGCACGCUUCAGAGUGAGGCUGUCCAAUCAGAGCAGGGUCCAGGAGCCCUGUGGGUAUGACACCUGCUAUGAUUGGGAGACCUGCACCGGGUUGUCCUCGCCGACAUGCGAGUGUAAGCUCCCUCGGGACUGCCUCAGGGACGGCACCCGCAGCUUCUGCGUGCAGAUGAUGAAGACGCAGAACAGGAUGGCCCUGUCUGCCUGCUCUGUGGCGGCCUUGAGGUGCUCGGGGAUGCAGUUCAGCAUCCUGCUGGAUACGGACUGCGCUGCGUAGGGCCUGCUGUGCACAGGAGGUGUUAUGAGCAAACAAAACACAAGUGGAAGGCUGGAGAUUUUGGUCACUAUAAUGAAAUGUAUUAGAAGCAGUAGUAUUUCAUGCAAUAAAGAAUACUAAACAAUAAACACUCAGCACCAUAAUAAAAAUAAUAAAAAUCAUUCAGCAUUA